CAAAAUGAGUGUCGUUCACUGAAAGGAGGCCGGUUUGGCUUGACCUCCGCAGAGGAACAGCACAUUCACAGCUCUGAAUUUGAAGCAUUCCUUGUUGAAGAAGAAGAAGAAGAAGAGGAUCGUUCGCCGCUUUGCUUCCACACUCAGGCAAAACCAGAGAAGAAAAGGACGAGAUUUCCAUAGGCAUUUGAAGGAAGAAGAAGAUGGAGAGCCAACUGGUGAGGCUUUGCAUUGAAUCAGCAUGCAAGAGCAGAGAAAGCGUCGAGCGAUGGCGGCGCGAGAAGCGGAGUCUCGAACGCCUCCCUUCUCAGCUCGCCGACGCCCUCCUCCGCCGCCUCCUCUCUCGCCGCCUCCUCUUCCCUUCCUUGCUCGAAGUUUUCAAAGAAAGUGUAGAGGAGAUUGAUCUCAGAGGGCAAAACUCCGUGGAUGCUGAAUGGAUAGCCUAUGUAGGUGCCUUUCGUUACUUGCGUUCCUUGAAUGUUUCCGAUUGCCAUAGGCUCACUAACUCUGCUCUUUGGCCAAUUACAGGGAUGACGAGUUUAAAGGAGUUGGAUCUUUCGAGAUGUUUGAAGGUUAAUGAUGCUAGCAUUGGGCAUAUUGUAUCCAUUUCAACUUUGGAGAAGCUAUAUAUUUCUGAAACUGGAAUCAGCGCAAAUGGGGUUAAGCUUCUCUCUUCGCUUAAGAACUUGUCUGUCUUGGACUUGGGUGGUUUGCCCGUCACUGAUCUGGCACUCAGUUCUAUACAGGUACUUGCAAAACUACAAUACCUUGAUCUUUGGGGAAGUGAAAUAUCCAACCAAGGGGUUUGCGUUCUUCAAAUGCUACCCAAAUUGAGUUCCUUAAAUCUGGCUUGGACCAAUGUUGGAAAUCUGCCGAAUUUGUCAUCCCUCGAGUGCCUGAACAUGAGUAAUUGUACAAUUGAAUCUGUACUUGAAGGGGAUGGUGAUAAAGCUCCCUUAGCAAAACUUGUCAUGUCCGGAGCCACGUUUGUUGAUGAAUCUGAAGCCUUUUUGCAUAUUGAAACGAGUUUGAUGUCCUAUCUUGAUCUAUCCAACUCAUCCCUCCACAGAUUUUGCCUCUUACCUCGUCUGAAAGUGCUGGAACAUUUGGAUCUCAGCUUGACCAUGAUAGGAGAUGAUGCAAUUCAGGAAAUUGCAACUGUUGGAGCAAAUUUGAGAUAUCUCAAUCUCUGCAAGACAAAAGUCAGCUCAGCUGGAAUUGUGAUUUUAACCGGGCAUGUUCCCAACCUUGAAAUAUUGUUAUUAUCCAACACAUCAGUUGAUGAUGUAGCCCUCUCAUACAUCAGCUUGAUGCAUUCUCUGAAAGAUGUUGACUUGAGCAAUACAAACAUUAAAGGUAUCAUUCACCAUAUUGGCUCUGAGACGGAUCCAGUUCCUUCAUUGCAAGCAUUGAAAAGUCUCAGGGAGUUGAAAAGGUUGAAUUUGGAGCAAACCCAUGUUAUGGAUGCAGAACUAUUCUCAGUUUCAGGCUUCCAGGAGUUGACUCAUUUAUCACUCAGAAAUGCAUCUCUUACCGAUAUCUCUUUAUCCUAUAUGUCAUCUCUACCAAAGUUGACAAAUCUAAGUAUUCAUGAUGCUGUGUUGACAAACUGGGGACUCACCUCAUUUCAACCCCCGGCAACACUGAAAUCAAUGGACCUGAGGGGUUGUUGGCUCUUAACUGAGGAUGCGAUCCUAUCGUUUUGUAGAAUUCAUCCUCAAGUUGAAGUAAGACAUGAACAUGUUCAUGUAUUACCAUCAGAUCAACUUUGUUCUGAUCGUCCAUCUGCUUCCCGGUCGCCUUUAAAUACAACACAACAAAGUCAGGAGGAUAGAAAGAUUCGCAUAUCACCGUGUUUUAUAGAUCAGAGAUUGAAGUACACCAGGGAAGAGCUUCUUGGGCUGCAAUAUUCAUCUUUGACCCCUGUAACUCCUCACCAUGUAGAUAUUGCGACGUCGAAAAUGCAAUUGAAUUAGUUGAACUUGCUUCUAAAAUAUUUUUCUUUCAUGUUGCAACUUUCUGUAUCUUAUUGUUAAGAUAUUCUUUUCCCGUCAAUUUUCCUUAGGUCCUUUCUUUUCAACGACAAGGCAAGAAAGUUUGCAAAGGAAAAUGAAAGAACAUGUUGAGAAUGUCAAUGUGGUUUUUAGUCUUUUUACGAGAAUCUGUCUUUCGCUUUUGCCGUACAAGACCUGCGAUAAUGUUUCGUUUAUGGUUUACAAUGAACCUACUAGAUGUUUGUACUAUUGCAUUUCUUUCAAGGAAACGAGUAAGAGCUUCUUAAGAAA